ACAACACUUCAACUGCUCGAUGCAGACUGAGCCUCACUGAGUGAUUCAAUUUAAUAUGAUCAUAAGAUCGCAGGCAAUGGUCAUAUUGUGUUGUGCGACGCCUACCGGAAAAAUAUAGAGAACUAUUUAAAAUUCAGUUUGUAUUUGACACACUUGUAACGGGUUGUUUACUGAUUGUUUAAUUUUGAAUUUUGUGGAAAUUGUACGUAAAUUACGUAUUUAAGUCAAAUUAAUCGUGGAAAACAAACAAUGUUGAUUGUGUGAACAGUGUUUUUUGAUUAAAGAAUUAAUAAAAUGGAUCCUUUCACUCAGCGUAUGUUAGAGAGAGCGCGUGCUAGACAAGAGAAAAUCGACCAAAAACUCGCAAACUCUGGACAAACGGUUCCGAAGAGGAAACCACUAGCAGAGAAUCUCUGCGUCUCUAAAUCUGUUUCGGCACCUGGGAAGUCUCCUAUUAAACCUGCUCGGGAGUCAAUUACUUCGCCGAGGAAGUCUCUCAAAGCUGAAACACCUGUAAAAUCUGGGCCGAAAAGGAAUAGUACACAAAAAUCUGACCAAACUCUUGUUACCUCGCCGUUAAGACCCCGAAACGACGUAGUUGUCACAAAAAAAGAGUUCAAAAGCCCACGAAAAGGUAGUCUGACCAGGCGUAACUCCGAUGUGUCAGUGGAGAUCAACAUUUCACAUAGAAACGAUAUACAAAUCGAGGUGCAGGUUGAAGAGAGAGACACUCCCAUAAGUGUGGUUUAUGACUCGCAGGCGGAUAGACAAAGUAGUGUAGUCAUCAAGGAGAUUGAAGAAGACACAUCCAAGGAAUUGGUCAAAAAGUCUAUUGUAAUGUCAAACAGCAAAGACGAUAAGAGCGGACUCAGACACAACAUGAAGUCACGACUCGACAGACUUGGUAAUCUAUAUUCAGAUAAACCAGAGCUCUCUUCGCCUAUUCACCGUACGGAGUCGGAGUUCACAUCAGCGACGCCGCCUUCGGAGUUCGAAGUGAAAAGUAAACAGACAAAACCACAAGAUGGGAAGAAGAAAUUUGGUAGACUCGCAGCCCUCGCUGAUCAGAUUAACACUUGGGAGGAUGAUUUGACCCAUCAUAGUUUUCAACCAGAGCCUAAUAAGAAAACUGCAAACAAUUUCAAAAGCAAAAAACUUGAAGAUUCCACUCUGGAUGUCUCCAUACAUUCCAUAAAGGAUAUUGACAAGGCUUUGAAAGUUACUCAGAAUAAAAAGACAUCACACUACACUAGCAACAAGACAUCGACGAAGCAGGUGAACGAAUGUCAAAGAUUGAAAAAGCAAAUCGUCGCGGAACUGGAAGGCGAGGGGUUCCGGCGCGUCUCAGCUAGCCAAUCGCGGCUCGUUUAUGAUUUCACAACGACGAAAAUCGCCGAUCCCGCCCGACAGGAGCCGAAGCGUGCAUCGACUACCCCCAGUGCAACAGCAGCCCCCGCGAUGGCGACAAUGGUGGCCAGCGCGCCGCCGGCUAAACCCACCGUGUCUAAGAAACCUUCAAUAAAAAAAUAUCACGCGCCCACACCGCCUGAUAAAGUGCUCACCGACGAUGAAUGCGAAAUGGAAAAAGACAAAGAGAACAAUGCUGUUCAAGAGAACGAAAACGAAGCGGACGAUUGUAUACAAACAAAAAACAAACCGGCUGACGAGAGACCCGGUUCCGGGGAAAGGGGAUCGCCAAUUGUAAAGAGAUUGGCGCCUAAAUUGAACGGAAAUAUAGACAGAAGUUCGGUCUUGGGUAAGGCCGCGAUGUUCGAAGCGGGCAGUCCGAAGGCCAAGGAAAAGGAUCCCGCGGAAAUGUCUCUUCGCGAACGAAAAGCGUUGUUCGAGAAAAAUAAGGGCACUGCAAUUAUCCCCAAAGCACCAUUCGGACUAGCCCCUUCGACGAAAACCCUUCUCGGCGAUAACAAAGACAACAAAGCGGCCAGACCUACGGUUCAACAAACGAAAACAACUCCGACAAAAGCAAAUAUUACGAAGAACUCUAGGUCGAACUCUAAAGAUAGUCUGGCCGAGGACAAUGUCAGUCAAAGCUCACUAAGCGGCGGAAUAAAGGGGAAGCUCGUGGCUUUAUUCAGCAAAGAGCAAACGAUAAGCGAGACGUCUAUAGCUAAUAAGUUCAGGCUGGAAAGAGAGAGGGAUAUGGAGAUGUUGCAGAAUAGAUUCCCUUUUAAGGCACCUCCUCCCAGGAAACCUGAGCAAAAUGAUUCAGAUGACGAUCAGAGUGAGCAGGAUCCAUCUGAGAAAGCCCCCUUAAUGGGAAGCACUACAUCUCUGGCUCAUAAAAAACCGGAAGUAAUAGCCAAUAUACCUAAAGUGACGUUCGAAGAAAAGACGAAAGAACAAAAUGGAGACGUCGUAGACAGAGAAGGAGACAAAGACGCCGAGAAGAUUGUUGGUUCUCAACCGGUUAAAAGGAGAAACUCUCAAGACUCGCCUGCCGUCGUGUCGGUACUAGAGGAUGUAAAGAGGAUCAAAGUGAACAAUAACAAACAAGCGAACGGGCACGCCAAUGGCGCCGUCACGCAACAGCCCGGCCUGUACCCGCAUUUAUCGGAUAUAGAGACCGACAACUCAGGACACGAGGAGUACUCCGACUGCGGUGGCUCGAGCACAGAAGAUGUACAAGAGAAAGAGAUUGACAAACUCAAUAAAUCUGAUGAUUGGGCUGAAACUUCUUUCGGACGAGACGUGAUGAACGUAGUGAAGAAGAAUAACACGAGCUACAGAAAGGCGGUCCGACAGAGCGACUCUGAAAGCUCUCAAGGUGCUUGCGACAGUGAGCUAGACGAUAUGUUAGAUGAAGCCUUGGGCGAGGAGGCGGAAGGUCCGACACCACCCAAGGUGAACAAGCACGGCAGCAUGUCCUCGAGCAGUUUCGUUUAUCAAGAGAAGUCAAAGUUCACGUCGCCGCUGAAGGCGCAGCCCGGCACGCCGGCGCCCCGACACGACAAGGGCUCCGAACUCGUCCACAGCGUCAGCUUCUAUAGGAGGAUGCAGAAUUCCUCGUCGACUCCAUCUACACCGCUUCGUGUAAUAAGGCACGCGUCCCCGGAGCGCGGGGUGCCGCCCUCCAGCCCCGAGGAGCCCGCUGCGGCCGUCACGGUCAGGCAGCGCAUCAAGGAGCUGCAGAACGAGAUCACCAAGCAACAGACCGUUAUAUCGCAGGCGAGUCAAGCUUUGAAUCUGUGUGCCGCGACCAUAGAGUUCAGCGGUUCCACGGAGCAGGCCGAGGGCGAAAGGCUUCUGCUCUUGGCCACGCACCGUCGGCAGGCGUGUCUGCACGAGAUGCAGCGGCUGCAGGUGGAGGGCGCGGGCCCGGCCGCCGCCGCGGGGCUGGCCUCGCUCUCCGUCGCGGCGCUCAACGUGCCGCUGCGCCGGGACUACGUGCGCCAGCUCAACGCCGAUGGCGCCGUCGGGCAUCACGCCGUGUGUCUGCUGAAAUGUCGGGACAGAGUUCUGGCGACCAGCAUGCAGCAAACUAAACCAACAAACAACACUAUACAUUUCCCCGAUGAAAUCAAAAUGCUCGGACUCUCUAGCGAUUUUAAGGUGACAGUGGAAGUUUAUUUAUUGCAAGCAUCCAAAGAAAUGUUGCCACACGAUGUCAAAUAUCAUAUUUUCAACAAAAAGUCGAGUUCAAAGCUCUUAACGCCGAAGUCGAAAGUGUCGGAGCUGAAAGCGCCCCGCGUGCAGAGUCCGGGCGGGCCGCACACUGUCCGCACGCCGCAGUUCCAGCUGCACGGCUACUGCAUCUUUGCGCUGCAGCAGGCCUCCAGGACCAGCUUCACUUUGAAUAAGGUCCCUAUGGGCAGUCCGCUGGAGGGCUCGGUGUGCGUGGAGGUGCGCGCGCGCGUGGCCGUGCCGCCCCCCGCGCCGCACGCCGCCUUCCUCACCGCCUUCGAUGACGUCAGCGGGCUGGGCGCCUGGCACCGCCGCUGGUUCCGCCUGCAGACGCCCCGCCUGGCCUACUGGAAGUACCCUGACGAUGUCCACAAGAAGAUGCCUAUAGGAGACAUAGAUCUGACGACGGUGACGUCAGAGCGCGCGGUGAGGGCGUCGCGCGACCUGUGCGCCCGCCCCAACACGCUGCUGCUGGAGUGCUCGAUCCCGCCCGGCCUCAUCGUGCCGGACAGCGGCUCGCUGGUGUACGUGCAGCGGGGCGGCCAGCUGCUGCGGCGGCACCUGCUGUCCGCGGACACGCCACAGGACCGCGACACGUGGAUACGCUGCAUCAACCAAGCCCUGGAGUACGUGCGGUGCUGCUCCAACGAGGACGACGACUGAACUAGAGCUCUAUUGGGGCGUUUUUUUUUUAAGCGAUUUUAUGACCCGAUAACUAAGACCUUUAAGUCGAUGUCUUAUUUUAGUUUUUGUUCUUAUAUGAAAAAUGAUAAUAUGGAGUGAAAUGAGAUGAGAUGAUGUGGAAUGUGAAUUAUAAUCUCAGUAAAAUGGUGGUCAUUUACUGAGUGAUUUUUUCAGUGGACUUUUUAGAGGAUCUCGAAAAGUUGCAACUAUACGAGCAGUCGUUGCAACUAUACUGAGACCUUAUAACUUAUCUCAAGGUGGGUGGCGCAUUUACGUUGUAGAUGUCUAUGGGCUCCAGUAACCACUUAACACCAGGUGGGCUGUGAGCUCGUCCACCCAUUUAAGCAAUAAAAUAAAAUAAAUUAUAACUUAUUUACAAUCGAUUUAACAGCCAGCGGUCCUAGUUGACAUCUUCUAAUAAUAUAUAUGGGAAUCUACCAUGAAAAUUAGUUUAGUUGGACCUUCAAAGAAUGUCAUAGAAUUGUAUCGCGUUUCAAUGGUAAUGCUUAAGAAAUGUCGUUCUCAAAAUGCUAUUUAAAAGCGCAAAACCACAUUAAAUUCGGGUACCGUUUUAGUGUAAAAUAUAUUUGUUGACUUUGAUUUUAACAAAUAUUUUAAUUUAGAAACAGUGUUUGAAUUAAUGAGUACUGCAAUGGACAAUAAUUUUUAUAAUUUGAACGGGCUGCCUUGUAUCGUGUUUUGUGGAAGUAAGUAAUAAAAAUCAUAAUUGUUUGAUUUUUUUAAUAAGUAUGAAAUUAGUCAUUAGUGCUUUGAUGACCAAUUUUACUUACUAUAAAAUUUUAUUACAGAAUAUAAAUAACAAUAAAAUUACUAACCAUUAAAAAUUUAGUAUUUAAAUUAAAAAAGACAUUUAGAAAUAACGAGAAGUUAUGUUUUUAUUUUAAUGUGUGUAUCACAAGACUCGAAUAGUUUGACAAACAGUCAAUCAACCUUUUGAAGAAUAAGGUAUAAUGACGGAAGAGAACAUUUUAAUUAAAAAAUAAAACUAUUAUUAACACUAUUAAUAGACUAAUAUAAUUGACAUCGCAAUAAAAAUAAUACAAUAUAUUUCUAAUUUUAAAUUUACUUUUUUUUUAAACGAUAUGCUCAAUGGCCACAAAGCUAAUUGGAAAUUAUGUCUUAAUUUUAUUAUAUUUAAUUAAAUACAAAUCGAAUGCUUUGAAUUAAAAAUUUAAACAAAUAAGUCACAAAUGACCCACCUACGUAGUUAAGAGUUAAACAACAAUAUGUUUGUCUAUAAUAGAAUAUAAAAUGUCCUAUCAAAAUUCGUAAUAUAGUUAGUAGUGUCCUAAUUGACCGAAAUAUUGCGACUGCCUUUAGUUUGCGACUUGAUUACAUUCUAUUAAUUUUCCAGUAGUAAAACAUAUUAGAUCACCUUCACUGGGUAUUUUUGUAUUAAACAAUGGAUUAAACAAUGUAAAGGACAGCGUAAAAUUUUUAAAAUUAAUCAUUAACGCCAAUCAAAUAGGACUAUAGAUAAAACUCUGUUGAAUUAAUGAUCAAAUUGUAAAAUUCGAAUUUUAAUAAAUAUUUAAAUUGUACUUACUAACAAUCUAUAUUUUAUCUCCUUGUCGACGUUAGGACAGGUUGUUAAUGUGACCUUGAAUUGAAUUAUUUUAGUUUGUACCUAGUUCUUGUUAUAGAAUAGGAAAGUGGAUUGCUGCUAAUUUUCCGAAUUUUGGCGCGUUAUAAUAUAACGUGACUGGACACAUUUGGUCACGUGUGACGUCAUUAGCUAGUCAAAUAACGAGUCGACAAUGUCGCAUACAAUGACUAACCACAUAUGACGUGUUCACCCUGUUUUUUCUAACUCCUAAAACCGUCACUAGAGGGCGCUGUAAACUUGGAUUAGAAAAACUCGUAUAUUCAAUAAAAAAAUCAAUAAUCUACGGAUGCAGUGUCACUUAUGACAAGGGUGCCAUGACAACUGAUUUGCGUGUUACAGCGCCCUCUAGUGACGGUUUUAGGAGUUAGAAAAACAGGGUGAACAUGACGUCAUGCGCUGUCAUACUAUUUUCAGUUUGACGUGAAAACAUUUUAAAAAAAAUUUGUUCCAUUAGCGAUUUUAAAUGUAAAUCCAAAGUUGCAUGCGAAAAAAAAUUACGGAUUUUCUUUUUAAUUUAAUUAACAUUUUUAUUUUAUUUUGUGUCCAGUCACGUAAUCGUCACGUGCUUUAUAUCCGAUCUGGCAUGUCGAUAUGUUUCGUAUUUAGUACGACUAUAAUUUUGUAAUUUUUUUUUUAGUAUAGCCUGUAAUUUAAUUUGUAUAUAAAAUCAUUUUAUUCGUUAAUAAACAUAAAAUCAAAA